GUCAGAAGGUGUGUUAGAAAGUGGUAGGAGGUGUUAGGUGUGUUCGGGAAUAGAUCAUUAAUGAUUGCACGUUAUCUACUUUCCGCCCGAAGUCGACCAUCUCUGUAAAUUAAUCAGUUGUCGAUAGCUGCUCUAUAUUAUACGUUGUGUAUGAUAAUAGUAGCAGACGAUACUGGAAGAUACAUCAGCAAAUGUCAAAAAAUAUGCAAAAUUGAUGCUUACCGAUAAAUUAAAGACAAUCGCUACAAAGGCUGCAAAGUAGUAUCUAUUUAAGAAAAUUUACAAGUAGAUAUGAUAGAUAAUCUUGCUGCCAAGUUAUGUUUGCUUUUGCCAGAAAAAGCACAAUCAGGGGAACAAUGGAAAUUGUUAGGUCAGGAGAAAGAUGGAUCUCUGUUAGUUGGUUGGGUAGAGGAAACAAUCGAAAACAAUAUAUUUGCGUCGUAUACUGUUGUAGGCCGUUACGACCGGAUUAAUGAUAAAUUACAAGUGUUGCACCAAUUCUCAAAAGUAUUGAAUAUCGUACAAGCAUCGAUAAAUCAAAGUCAUACUGUUUUUGGAUAUGUGGCUAAACAGAAAGUUUCCUUGGAUACAAAUUCAGUAGUUGAAGAAUCUGACGAUAGUAUAUCGACAGGUGCAGAAAUGUACGAUGCAUACAUAAUUGAAUUACAAGAAAAAGGUGUAAAAAUUCAUAACUUAGAUACAAAGAGAUCCAAACAAGUGCGUAUUCAGUUUUUAUACAGAGAAAAAGAAGAUGGGCACUUGGAUAAAUUUUUGUUAAUGAUACAUCAAGAAUGUAUCCUAAUAUAUACCAUAUCAUUUGAUACAACUGAAUCAGAUUUUUGGCCAAUACAAGAGUUAAAAUCCGAACCGUUGGUAAAAACAUUUAUGUGGGCUCAAUGGGACAUGAUAAAUCAAGUAUUAUAUCAUAUACAUCAUCGACGAAUUCCAGUAAGUUUAGUUUCCGAAGCUGACGACGAUAAGCAAAAUAAAUCCAUUCGAACUAAUCCUACGCUCAGUGGUCUCCAGUUUCACGACGAUUUACCGCAUGAGACAGUGUUGAACAUACCACUAAAUCUACCUCAAUUAUCAACUUCGUCCAACUGUGGAACUUACGAAGACGAUGUUAUACCUUUAAGAGUUCACGAUUGUUCCUUAGAUCUCAUUGUGGUAUCCGACUCUAAAGGAAUGGUGUGUGUUUGUCACCAUUAUUUAUAUCGUCCAGUAAAACCACAGCAGCAUGUACUUAACUCGUUGACCGAAUCUAACACGGUGCAUUUUGCAUAUUCCGUAACGCUUCUUCAUCACAGUUGUGUAAUUCAUUGUGUUAUACCAGGCAUACCGUGGUCGCGCGCUAAACUCAUACGACCGACAUUUGCGAUCUAUGAACAUCAUCACAUGAUUGUUCUCGUGCAAGGUUUAUUUACUCAUCUUCUCGAAAUUGGAACCAAUCACGAACCGUGCUGUCAUAUAUUAUGUGGUCCAUUGACUACAAUUCCAUCACGCUCUUCUUAUCUGAUACCACUGCUUGAAUUAGAAAAUAAUAACAAAGGAAGUAAAAAAAAAUAUGAUCCAACUUCCUUAGAAGGGAGCAAUGCAUCUCCUCAUUCAAAUACGAACAUACUAACAAUAGAUUUACCUACCUUGGACUUAGUGCAAUUAAAAAUUACCUCAGAUUUCCUCGCUGAAGUGUUUCGUAAAGAAACAUCAACGGAAGUACGUCUAGGAAUAUUACAUUAUUUUCUAUGCCAUAGAAAUGAUGUGGAUAUUAUUUCGGAAUUAGUAUGUACGAUCGCAGAAAAGCCGAGGUCGUUGGAAAUUGUACGGUACAUGCAAGAAGUUCUUAUAGGCGGAUCGUAUGCUCUGGUACAAAAGAAUUUGCUAGCAGAUGCAAUACCUCUGCUGUCGUUAAUACCCGUUACAACUAUCGAAGAAUAUACCAGUUUUGAGAUUAAAGUGAAUGAUUUAAGUAUAACAUUGAGUCACGAGAAGCUUUGGAACACAUCGGUUAUGUUACUUUCGCCACAACAAAGAUUAAUUCCUUAUCGUAGCGACUUGUGGACUAGAUUGUGGGAUCAACUUGGUAGAAAUAAUGAAGACAAAACGAGAUUUAAACCAAGCAAAAUUGCAGAAAAAUUGUUAGUUUCUUUAGCAUGCUAUCAACCGGAAGCGCUAUCUAGAUCCAGCACUCCGAUGUCUCCAAGCGGAGGAUUGGUUGUAGCCACAGUAUCGCUCGGAGAUUUAACAGGUGGUCGCGGUAAUAAAUUAUUAGACUCGAGUUUGCCAUUUAACGAGAUGGAGAGCUGCACAGCCUCAAAGCAGGAACACAUUGUGUCGGUAAAUUUAAGGGAAUUAUCUAUGUAUUUGUUGAAGCACGGUACGCAGACAUCGAUGACGCAUAUCCAAGGAUCGUGUACCCCUCUGCAUGUUCACGCUAUGGCGACAAGAUAUGUUGCCGCACAGUUAGAAACGUCGCGAGCUCUUUGUCAAAUGCUAUGUCGAGCUGCAACUGUAGACCCGCGAAUCGAACAAGAACGUGGCUUUAUUUUGGUGGAUCAACUAGACGAAGCAAGACGAUGGUUAUUAUUUAUAUUAUUGGAGCGCUAUAGGUGUUCAAUAGAAAGUAUAGCAUUCCCGGCACCACAAGGAUUUACAUCGUUUUUCACUUACCUUGGAUACAGGACUCUAAAGUAUUCAAUGUUCUUGCAAUAUGUACAACGAUCGGUAUUCGAAUUGCAAGUGGACGUCAGCAAAAUUAUUAUGGCUGAUAUUAGCGAUACGAAAGAAAACGCUAUUCGUAAAUUAACUUUGUUAUCUUUGCUACCGAGAUCACGAGCCAAGAGACUUCUAAAUCAGUGGUUGCAUCCAGUGAGUUUCAUGAUACGAGCACGUGAACAUGCCGCUAACAUUUUAUGCGGUGAAAUAUGUCAGAAUCGUGGUAGAACAUCGCAGCACAAAAAUCAUCACAACGGUUUGGCUGCAUUUCCUUCUGCGGAUCGAUUAUCUCCGCUAGAUACAUUCCUCGAUCUACUUACAGCAAAAGCUAGUCUAACCGAAUUAGAUUUCGGUCUACUUAUAGAAGCUACAGUGACGUCUACCGAAGACUUUUUAUAGGUAAAUUUAUUGCGAUUAAUGUAAACUAUAAGGAACUGCAAUAAUUAUUUAUAAAUUUCUUUUAUAAUCAAAGACAGUAGUGCAAAAUAAUGUUUCAGAUGUGAGAAGUGC